GCGGCGGAGCAGCAGUGUUAUUGUGGAGCUUUGAGGAGGAGGAGGAACAUCUGUGAUUAUGACAGAGAACCAUGAAGAGAAAUGGAAACAUCGCGGGCUGAGAUCACCGACUGCAGCCACACGGAUUUAAACUGGAUGCAACAACCCUUCGGCUGCAUGAUUUCCGGGCAUUUCUCCGGCGACGGAUUGUUUUGUUCUCGGACUAAAUGAAGAGAAGGGGGCCUGAAAUUAUACAGACGUUGGGGGAAGUUGGGCUAGCUGGAAAAAAGCCGAAAUAGCGCUGCUCUAAGUCUUUUAGAUACAUUUCAGAAGCACAUUUGAACUCAUUAAGUUUCUUAUCCUGAAGCCGUCUUUAUGUAAAUUUAAUUUUGAUUUGAGAGCUGCUGUGGCAGAGCUAGGCUAGCUCGCUAGCUCCCACGCAGAGCUAGCUUCUUGUUGCUAAGAAAGCGUCUCUUAAAAUGAAAAAAAGACGACUUGCUUCUGGUCUGAUCGCUUUCAGCCGACAGUGAGAGGCGUUUUAAAACAACGCCUAUGAGCUUUGAAUCGUCACAAAGCUGUGACACGUUUAUUAAAACUGCAGACAUGUUUUUGCUCCUUAUAUAGAGUUUCGGACUGGAUUCACAGAGUAAUUAUCAGUUCCUUCAAUCGGUAUUUAAAGGCAGACUCAGCUUCAGUUUGUGAUUACAUAAUGUCUUAAUCAUUAGUUGUUUGCAUGGGAUUUUUUUUUCUCCCAGUGUGCACUAGUUUAAAUCAAGCUUCACAACAUUGAGCUCAUUUAUGACACCCGCUUUAUUUUAAAGCUGUUGCCAGAAAUAUCGAGCUGUUCAGCGGGUAAAACAGAGCCUACCCCUGCUGGACCCAUAUCCAGGUAGUUCAUGGCAUAACAGACUGUGUUUUGGAUCAAGCCAGGCAGAAGGAAAGAACAUAUAAGGGUGGGAAGUCUGCCUCUUGGGCUUGGAGGUGAAGAUGGGCAGCCAGGGAAGCCCGGUGAAAAGCUACGACUACCUGCUGAAGUUCCUCCUAGUGGGAGACAGCGACGUGGGUAAAGGGGAGAUCCUGGACAGCCUGCAGGAUGGAUCAGCAGAGUCUCCGUAUGCUUACAGCAGCGGUAUCGACUAUAAAACCACCACCAUCCUUUUGGACGGCAGGAGGGUGAAGCUGGAGCUUUGGGACACCUCGGGUCAGGGAAGGUUCUGCACCAUCUUCCGCUCGUAUUCCCGUGGGGCUCAGGGGAUCCUGCUGGUGUAUGACAUCACUAACCGCUGGUCCUUUGAUGGCAUCGACAGGUGGAUCAGGGAAAUCGAUGAGCAUGCUCCAGGCGUGCCUCGGAUCCUCGUCGGCAACCGUCUUCACCUGGCCUUCAAGCGGCAGGUCCCCACCGAGCAGGCGAGGGCGUACGCCGAGAAGAACGGCAUGACCUUCUUUGAAGUGAGCCCCCUGUGCAACUUCAACGUGAUCGAGUCCUUCACGGAGCUGUCGCGCAUCGUCCUGAUGAGGCACGGCAUGGAGAAGUUCUGGAGGCCCAACAGAGUUUUCAGCCUCCAGGACCUCUGCUGCAGAGCCAUCGUGUCCUGCACGCCCGUCCACCUCAUCGACAAGCUCCCGCUGCCCGUCGCCAUUAAGUCUCACCUCAAGUCCUUCUCCAUGGCCAACGGCAUGAACGCCGUCAUGAUGCACGGACGCUCGUACUCACUGGCCAACCCGGCCGGCGGCUCCAAAGGCAACAGCCUGAAGCGCUCCAAGUCCAUCCGCCCUCCCCAGAGCCCGCCGCAGAACUGCACCCGCAGCAACUGUAAGAUCUCCUAACUGCUGCUGGGCUGGGAGACGGUGGAAAGGAUGUUGAAGACUCCAGAGAACAGCUACAGACUCUUUCUCACUACAAGGUGGAGAAACAGACUCCAGAAGCUCUGCUGUCUGUCAGGUUCACUACAUGUACAGAAAUAUCACGGCGGUCCUCACCUGUUCCUCUUCCUCCUCUUCUGUUCCCACUGCUGCCUGUUCUUGUUUCAAUGACCCAUAAGCUAGCGUUUCAAACACUACAGAACCAUUAAACCCAAUGGACCCCAGCUGCAGCAGACUCAGGUCCAGGCUUGUUUUUGUGCCUUGAUCCAAGAGUUCUUUUGGUUCUUGGAGGACAAACAGGGUCCGGUAUUUCAGUUUUAAUGGGUCAGACAGGACGAGGUUGGGAUUUUAGGUCCUUUCACCUUUUCAGAUUUUAAUUUCUCAAUUAACUGAAGCAUCUUGUCAUCAGAACCAACCCGGUCAGAGUCCACACUGGUUUCAAUGAAACAGAGUUGCUCAUAUGAGGAACUGGGAAUGUCUCGGUUCUUGUUGGGUGGACGGACCUGUCUGUGUGUAGAUGAUUAGGAGAUGAUUCUCCUCUGAGACCCGGCAGAGACGAAGAAACGGCUUCAUCUUCCUGGUGUCUCCCAGCCGGCAGCAGAAAGCUCAGUUUCACUCACUGUUUCAUUUAUCGUCUGGAUUUCCAGAAGGCGCCCUAAACUUCUGGAUCCGUCCUGCAGACAGGUUCUGUUUUCACCCUUUUAGAACUGAACAUAUUCAGUAUUUACAGCUGUAAGCUUUAGAAAUACCUCCAUGAAAAGUAUAAGUUAGCUGCUGGAUGAGCUCCCUGCUGCCUCCUGUUUUCCACACAUCGACUCUAAAGGGAAAUGAAACGGGUCGGAGUAGCUGGACGGGUUCAGACUGAGGCAGGUGUUAUUGACGGUAAACUCUAACCCAUGUUUUGGUCAGUUUUUUCCUUCAUCAGCUCCACUACGAGUCCUUUAAAAGGAUCCAUAUGAAUAAUUUUAGAGAUAAAAGACGGAACCGGCUUUAAAACAGUGAAUGACAGAUUUUAUCAUCAGUUUCUUUUUAACCUCAACAAUAAACCAGAAACAUGAAUUAAAAUCAAAUGAAGCCAAAAUAACUGCUAAUAAUUCCUGUUGAUGGUCCAUAUGACAGAGUUCAUGUGCAACUUUCAUUUUUAUCAGUUCAAAAUAUUUUUACUUUCAGAUGUUAUUCUUCGUCCCGUUGUCUACAUGUCUACCUUUCAUCCUUCUUUCCUUCCUUCCUUCCUUCCUUCCUUCCUUGGCUUCCAUCCUGGCUUGUCUUUUCCUUUCUUCCUCCUGCCCUCCCCAUUCCAGCAGUCUCUUAUUUUUCUCGUUAUCUCCUCCCUGCGCUGCCUUCAGGUGCCGCAGGAUGUUUCAGUCUCCAUCUCUGUGUUUUUCUGAUCCAAACAAGUUCAUAAACACGAACUUUUCCGAGCCGCUAGUUUUCAUUCUCCAAACUGUUCCAAAUGAAUCUCCCCAGAGACCCAACGCAGCACGUUCUCCUCUUCUUCCCUGUGAUCUGCAUCGACGCCUCAGCCUGCUGUCCCAUGAUUCCUAGCUGUUUAAUAAUAGAUGUUCUGCAGGGCUUCGUCUCCAUCUCUCCUUGCUGCUCUUUCAUCCCACCAGCCUUAUUUCUCUGUGUUUUGUUUUCCUUUUAUGGUUGAGGUUAGGAACGAUUCCUGCUGUUUUUCAGCCCCUUUAUUUUCUUUUUAUUCAACGUUUUCCUGCAGAUUCAGCACAGUUAUGGACCUCAGGCUGUUUUAACGUAUUUGUAUUCAAAUCUAUUGAUUUUUAUCCUGGAAAACCAUCAGGACUGAUCAUAUUUUCAACAGAACAAAUUAAUCCUAAAGGUUCAGUUUGUAAUUGAUUUCCUUGGAAUGAUGCUGAAGUUUUAAACCAUAAAUGUGCUGAAUCAUGGCUCCAUGAUGGAAAAAACAGCUUAAAAGUUUGGAUUUCUGUAAAUAUGUUUAAUUGGUGGGAAAAGUUACAUUUCAGGCUCCAGAUUUGACUUCUUACACAGAAACUUGUCUCCUUUGUUGCGCCCUUUCAGUCUUACUAGAGAUCCAUUCUAAACCUCCUGAUUGGAAAGAAUCUGAUUUACUCGGGAUGCUCCGGGUUCUGUAAGAAUUCUUUAUAGUUAAAACCCAGUUUUCUUCUUUGUAGAUUAAACUGCCCCGGUCCAGAUCUGUUCGUGCUAGAAGCAGAUGGCUGCAAAAGUAGCUGAAUAUUUUAUUCUGACAUAGAACCAGUAAAACCCGACUUUUCUUUGGGAGAGAAGGGGAAGCAACCGAUGGAAAUCGUGUUUUCCUAAUCCCGUUAUUAAAGGUUUUCCCAGGAAAAAAGGAAACUGCAGGUUCUGACUUUUUUUGCGCAGUGAUCAGAUGCAGAAUCAUCCAGGUCUCAGUAACCAGAACCACAGUUACAUGUUCUGGAUGUCUGAAUCCAAACCUUUCUGUGUAAAAUAAACCUCCAGCUUCAUUAGAAUCAAUGUCCAAUUCAAACACAGUCGCCUUUAACAUUCUUCUGGACUGAAAUAAAUCUGAUCCAUAAGAAGGUUCUCCCGACCUGGUUCUGUUUCUUUUAGAUUAUUAGUGUGGGAAAGCAUGUGAGCCGGUUCCGUCUGGAUAGACAUAAGAUGCCAACAUUAAUCUCGUUAAGAUUCCCAGUCCUCAGAGUAUGCUUGGUUCUGGUUCUGUUGGUUCUAAUGCUUAAGGUCCACCAGGAAGCUCAAUAUUUGGUUUGUUGGGUAAGAUUCUGUAAAAACUGACUAGAUCCAUGAAGUUAAAGAUGAAUCUUCCUGUUUGUGAAAGUACUGCUGUUCUGAUGCCUGGCAGCACCAGAACCAGAGCUUCUGCUCCUCAUGUUCCUUUAGUCUGCAGAUGUUUUCCCGACCAACCACAGAUCACACUAUAACCACAGUUUUCCCUCCUGCUCUCUGGGACCAUCCCACUGGUUUCUCCUGGUCUUGUCUGCAGGGUUGUGGGUUUUAGCUGAUUGUUGGAGGUUCGGACCGUUUAUAGGAGAACCAACCUGUAAGACACUAUUCCUGUUCAUUGCUGUCUUGUUUUCCCUGAAGCUGCUGAGUAAUCAGAAACAUUAUGGUCUUUUUAAAUUAUUGAUUGUACAGUUCAAGGCAAUGUGUAUGAAGAGACUUUUUCACAAUAAAACUUGAAUGUCAGA